CUUCACUUGUCUGGUCAUCGUUGGGGCACUCUUGCGCAUCGGCAUCAGCGCAAUGGACGACCCUUCUUUCUCCGCCAUACGAACAUUCGACUUCGGUACCGCAACCGCUGAGAUGAUCAUCAACGACUGAGGCGUCCCAGUAUUCGGCAGCGGUGGCCUUAUUCAGAACGUGCUCGUUGCCAACACACCUCAGCUACUCCUCCCAGGCGUGUACCUGCCACUGAACAACGUCCUAAGUCGCCUGCAAUUCGCGGUCGAGUGGGCAAGCUAUUCAGUAGGAAAGGCCUGAAGGGCGACUUACUUCCUCUAGCUGCCUUACUGACUCGGCGUACCGCUCAUGGCGAUCUUGGCGACACUGCAUUGGCUGCUUUCGCAAAGCAUCUUUUUGGUCAGCAUCGAGACCUACGACGUCAACGGUUUGUCCAAGGACGAGCGUCCGAAAGGAGGUGGAGGCGAGGAUGGGUUUAAUGAAGAGCACAUAGCGACUUGUGGUUACUCGCUACUUGCCAUGAUCUGUCUGCUCGUGGUCAGUGGGUUGGUGGUGUUGUUCGCAUUGAUUGGGGGCGCCAAAGUUCUCUCCUCGGACGGUAUGCCACUAGUAGAGAGUAACAGCGUUGUCAUUGCUGCUGCAUGU